UCAACUCCCACAAUUAGUUGCUCAGCUUCCCUCCUCCCCCUCUUCACCUCAUGGAUUCUCAAUUCUAUAAUGACUAUUCUCUCCCUUCUGAGUUUUGCGGCUACCCAACUCCGGCUGUGGUGACCGGUUGCAGUCCAGGUAUGGGUGGAGCAAUGUGGGGUACUAAUAGUCGUGAAGAAAACCUGGUACCGAUAUUCUGUGAUAACAAUGGUACUGCUAGUUUUGAUAUCGUGUCACCGGAGUCUGACAUCUCUUCGUGUGCUGUUGGGGUGGCAACAACGUUCCCGGAGCUACUUGGGUUUUCGGAAGACGCCGUGGCGCCUGUUUCAUUUUCAGAGUAUAGUCAUCUGGGGUUGAACGGAAUUGCAGGGCUGAAUCAGAAUUUUGGUGGUGGAGAUUCUUACCUCCAGCUAUAUAAUAAAGGUAAUAUUAUGCGUGAUCAGUUUGGGGAUCAGGAAUGCUGUACUGGAUUCAUACCUGCUGAUUCUAAGCCUCUUGGCCUUGCUGUUCAAGAAAAUUGGGGAUUCAAUCAAGGAAACCAGGUGCCUACAAUGGAAGAUCAGUCGACAAAUAUGAAGGUGGGACGGUAUUCAGAAGAAGAGAGGAAAGAAAGGAUCGAGAGAUAUUUGAAGAAAAGAAACCAAAGGAACUUUAACAAAACCAUUAAGUAUGCUUGUCGCAAAACCCUAGCUGAUAGAAGAGUCCGAGUUCGUGGGAGAUUUGCAAGGAACAGCAGUAAUGAACAGCUAAUUAAUGAAGAUCUAACUCAUCAAGAAAUGGCAACGAAAAAGAUUGAUGCCAAUUGCAACAAUCAUGUUUGCAAUGACAUAUCUGAACAACUGUAUUGUAGCAGCGGUGCCGUCCAGAUCAAAUAUGACGAGGAGGACUGGCUGCAAGAAGCUAUGGCAAGUCUAGUGUACUUACCUUAUGUCACUGCUGGCUGAGAUUUGAUACAUAUGUAUAGUGCAGCUAGCUAUUAAUAUUAAUUAACUAUGUCUGUCUAAUUGAUUAAAUGAGGAGGCUGAUGUUUUGAAGAGGGCAUAGUCCUUGUAGAAGUUUCUUGCUAGCACCCAUCUAAUUAACAAGCUAGUUACUUAUUGUUUGUAUUUGUAAUAUAAAUUAAU